CAGCAUGCAGCAGAAACAGAAAAGAGACAGAAUGAAGCAGAAGGAAAGAAAUUAUUGGGACAAGUCAUCCAGUACGGGCGCACUAUACAGCUCCUUCACCUGAAAUCCAACAAGUACCUGACCGUGAACAAGCGACUGCCGGCGCUGCUAGAGAAGAACGCCAUGCGGGUCUACCUGGACGCCAACGGCAACGAGGGGUCGUGGUUCUACAUUAACCCGUAUUACAAGCUGCGGCUGACGGGGGACAAUGUGGUCGUCGGCGACAAGGUGAUUCUCAGUCCCGUGAACGCCGGCCAGCAGCUUCACGUGUCCAGCAUGAACGAUCUCCCCGACCAUCCAGGCUGUAAAGAGGUGAAUGUCCUGAACUCGAUGACGAGCUGGAAGAUCUCGCUCUUCAUGGACUAUAGGGAGAAUCAGGACGGUAUCCUCAAAGGGGGAGACGUGAUACGGCUUUUCCACGCGGAACAAGAGAAGUUCCUCACCAUGGACGAGUACAAGAAGAAGCAUUGCGUGUUCCUGAGGACAACAGGGCGGACUACGGCCACCACUGCGACAUCUAGUAAAGCCCUGUGGGAGGUUGAGGUGGUCCAACACGACCCAUCGAGAGGAGGCGCAGGACACUGGAAUUCCCUGUUCCGCUUCAAGCACCUCGCCACAGGACAUUACCUCGCAGCCGAGAUCGACGAGGAUCCCACGCCCGAUCCUACCAGGACCAAGCUGAGAGAUCCCAAUGGUGGACCAGUGUAUCAGCUGGUCUCAGUGCCACUAAGCAAUGACAUAGCCUCCAUUUUUGAGCUUGAACCCACCACCCUGAUCCGAGGGGACUCCAUGGUUCCCCAGUCCUCCUAUGUGAGGUUGCGGCACCUUUGCACAUCCACAUGGGUUCACUCGACAUCAAUUCCCAUUGACAAGGAUGAGGAAAAGCCUGUCAUGUCAAAGGUUGGAUGUGCACCCAUCAAAGAAGACAAAGAAGCUUUCUUUUUGGUGCCUGUUCAUGCAAAGGAAGUGAGAGAUCUUGACUUUGCUAAUGAUGCCAGUGAGGUUUUAGCGAAGCAUGCAAAGAAACUUGAGAAAGGGGCUAUUCCUCAAGCAGAAAGAAGAUCCCUGAUAUUUUUGUUACUUGACCUUGUAUAUUUUAUUGCUGAGAAGGAGCAUGAACAAAACAAAAGUGAAAAUUUAGCUCUGGGAUUAGAUGUGACAAAUCCUAAUAGAGAUCGACAAAAACUACUCAGAGAACAAGACAUUUUAAAGCAGAUUUUCAAGAUUCUUCAGGCACCUUUUACGGAGACACAAGGUGGGGAUGGUCCACUCCUAAGAAUUGAUGAGUUGAAUGAUCCACGGAAUGCUGCUUAUAAGACAAUCUUCCGUCUCUGCUAUAGACUUUUAAAACUUGCUCAACAAGGAUAUAGAAAGAAUCAGGAAUAUAUUGCUCAGCACUUUGGUUUUAUGCAAAAGCAAAUUGGCAUUGAUGUCUUGGCAGAAGAAACAAUUACAGCUUUACUUCACAAUAACCGCAAACUGUUAGAAAUACACAUUACUGCUGCAGAAAUAGAAACGUUUGUUGGACUGGUGCGAAAGAAUAUGCAUAAGUGGGACUGGAGAUUUUUGGAUUAUUUGAAGGUGUUGUGCAUCUCUAAUAACCAGGCUAUUGCUCGAACACAAGAAUUGAUUUGCAAAAGCGUGUUCAGCGAGAAGAAUAAAGACAUUCUUAUUGAAACCAGACUUGUUGAAGAGGAUAUUGAAGUUGAGGUGGAGGUUGAAGGCAGUGGUUCUAUGAUGGCCAUUGAACAGGAUGAAGAAGUUGUGUUAACUUGGAAUAAUGGAGAGUGCUCAAAGUCUAUAGAGGAACUGGCAAGCCGGGCCAAUAUGGGUGACUCAGAUGGUGGCGAGGACAAGCUCAUAUUGGAAUAUUACAGACACAUGCUGGAUCUCUUCUCCAACAUGUGCCUUGAUAGACAGUACCUAGCAAUAAAACCCCUGUCACCUUUACUCAAGAUUAACCUUAUGCUCAAAUGUAUGGAGAUGGAGAUUCUUCCAUAUGACCUACGUGCAUCUUUCUGCCGUCUAAUGUUACACAUGCAUGUAGAUUGUGAACCCCAGGAAAUGGUCACACCAGUCAAAUAUGCUAGGCUGUGGUCAGAAAUUCAGCCACAGAUGUCCAUUGCCGACUAUGACAAGCAUGCAGCUCUUCAUAGUGCUGAGGCUGCAGAGACUACAUUCAGAGAAGUCAUCCUCUUUGUGGAGGAAUACCUGUGUAAUGUAGUGGACAAGAUGUGGAGCUUUUCUGAUCCUGAACAGAAUAAGCUAACAUAUGAGGUUGUGCAUCUUGCAAGGUACCUUAUCUACUUUGGAUUCUACAGCUUCAAUGAACUGUUGAGGCUCACCAAGACUCUACUGUCAAUUUUAGAUUGUUCAUUUGACAGCGAUACAAAAUAUUUUCCCAACAACAUUCCUGCUGGAAGGAUAAGCGCAGACACAGGGGGUGUGAUAAAGACUCUUGGAGACAUGGGCGCCGUUGUGACAAACUUGGCUCUAGGGACCAACAGGAUGGGCACCAGGAUCUCUAGUGGAGGGACCAGUCGCAAGAAGAAGUCAGGAGCGGCAGACAAGGAGGAUCUUUUUGUCAUGGACACCAAGCUCAAGAUCAUAGAGAUUCUAGAGUUCAUUCUCAAUGUGCGUUUGGACUACAGAAUCAGUUGUUUAUUAUCUAUCUUCAAGAAAGAGUCUGAUGAGAAUCCGAGUUCUUUAACUGGAGAUGGAAUCUCUCAAGGUCUGAAAAAUAAAAAUCUUGAAAAUAUUUGGGCUCAGGCCCAAAACAUUUUUGAUGAAACGAAAGAAAGCUCGUGCCUAGAUUUGGAUGGCGAAGGUGGGAAGAAGUUUUUGCGUGUUUUACUGCAUCUGGUCAUGAGUGGGUAUGCACCUUUGGUUUCACGAUCGCUACAGUUGCUUUAUCGUCACUUCUCACAGAGGCAGGAAGUUCUUCAAAACUUUAAGCAGGUUCAACUUUUGGUUCAAGAUGGGGAUGUGGAAUCAUACAAGCAAAUAAAAGAAGACUUGGAUGAUUUGCGCAACUUGGUUGAAAAAUCAGAACUCUGGGUUUACAAGCCACGGACCACUGAGGAAGAUGGAGGUGGAACUAAAAAGAAGAAGAAGAAGGCAAAGGAAGAAGAUGAUGAUGAUGGUGAGAGUAAACCAAAGAAGCAUCCUGCUCCUAUGUUGUCAUCACAGGACAAGCAGGGUUCAGCAAUUGACCUUGGACUUGGUCCACCCUUAGAGCCUGACCAGUUGGAGAACUACAAGCGCAUACAGCAGAUUCUAGUUAGAAUGAAUAAACUGUGUGUGACCCAGUCAGCCCAUGGACACUUGACACCCAAGAGAAAUGAACAGCGACUAUUGAGGAACAUGGGCAUCCAUUCUGUUGUUUUGGAUCUGCUUCAGAUUCCUUAUGACAAAAAGGAGGACAAACGUAUGAAUGAACUUAUUGAGCUGGCACAUCAGUUUCUUCAGAACUUCUGCUUAGGUGAUCGUCAGAAUCAAGCACUCCUUUACAAGAGAAUUGACCUCUUCCUUAAUCCUGGGCUCCUGGAGGCCAAGACUGUUUGUGCAGUGUUCAAAGACAACUCCCAGCUUUGUGGUGAAGUGUCUGAACGUGUCAUUCAACACUUCAUCCACUGCAUUGAAACUUAUGGCCGCCAUGUACAAUACCUCAAGUUCCUCCAGACAAUUGUCAAAGCAGAGGGACAGUUUAUCAGAAGGAGUCAAGAUAUGGUGAUGCAAGAGUUGGUUAGUGCUGGUGAGGAUGUGCUUGUGUUCUACAAUGAGAGAGCUUCAUUCAUCAUGUUCAUUGAAAUGAUGAAGGCAGAUCGUAACAGGAUGGAUUAUGAUGAGAGCAGUCAACUCAGGUACCACAUUGAGCUUGUAAACCUGCUCGCUGAACUGACAGAAGGCAAGAACGUUUACACCGAGAUAAAAUGUCACAGUUUAAUUACACUUGAUGACGUAGUAUCGAUUGUGACGCACCCUGAGUGUAUCAUUGAGGUUAAAGAAGCCUAUAUCAAUUUCCUCAAUCACUGCUACAUCGAUACAGAAGUUGAGAUGAAAGAAAUCUAUAAUUCCCACCACAUUUGGAGUCUGUUUGAGAAGUCUUUUCUGGUUGACAUGGGCCGAGUUGCCACUGCUCCACCUGAUAGAAGGCAUGCUGACAAAGCCUUGGAAAACUAUGUAAUCAACUCCCUCAUGAAUAUCAUCACAACUUUCUUCAAUAGUCCAUUUUCCGAUCAGAGCCAGACAAUCCAGAAAUACCUGGACGAGGCUCGCGACUUCUGGGGACAGCCUUAUGUUCAGCAGUACAGUUCAGAAACACGGCAGCCAGUGUUUGUGCAACUGCUCCACCAUGUGUACAGAGUCAGCCAAGCCGUCUUGGGACACCAGAGGGUCAAUGUAGAGAACUGUAUAAAAACUCUUACAGAAGUUGCUCGCAAGCAUAAUAUCUCCAUUCCUAGUGACUUGGAAGCUCAAGUUGUAAGCAUGUCCCAGCGCACUAACAUCAUCAUGUCCAGGACUGCGACCCAGUGGAGCAAAAGAGCCACACGAAGGGAUGCUUCAUCUACAUCUCUUUGCAAUGAGUUUAUGUUCGAAGAAGCUGAAGGAGAUCAGCUGUCUGGUAGGAUGGAUCAUCUAGUAAUCGAGCAAGACUUUCACUCUGUGGUGUCCGUACUGGAAGCAGAGCUUCGUCCAUUGGUUGCUGCUGAGUUGUCUGUCCUGGUGGACAUUCUGUACCAACCACACUUGCUCUUCAGACCUGAUAGUGAAGCCAGUAUUAAGUGCCAGAAUGGAGGUUUCAUUUCUAGGCUUAUUCAUCACUGUGAGGUGUUGCUGGAGGAGAAAGAUGAGAAGCUCUGUAUACAAGUUCUGAAGACACUCAAGGAUAUGAUAACUGACUCAGAGUAUGGAGAGAAGGGAGAUGCAUUGCGAGAGCUGCUUCUGAACAGGUAUUUUGACCAGUGGUCGAAGAGGGAGGCUGCAGAUUACAACACAAGGCAGUCACCAGGCCAAGGAGAUAUAGUUCAGCGUCGUUCAGGCAAAACACUUGCAGAGGUACAGUGUGACUUGGCCAAGAAAGGAGCAGCAGUUCUGGUGGUGGACUUGGUGAUGAAAAGCCAGAAGUGCAACAGGAUAUUUGUAGAGGCAGUGGAACUAGGUAUAGCACUCCUUGAAAAUGGUAACCGGGAGAUUCAGGACAUGCUCUACAAUAAACUGAGGGAGAGUGAUAAAUCACAGAACUUUUUCAAGGUGUUUAGUACCAAAAUGAAAGAAGCAGUACAGGAGAUUCGCAAUACUGUCACAGUCAAUACCUCAGACAUAAGUGCUAAAAGCAGCGAUGAUAAAGAUGCACAGAAGGAUGGAGACAAGUUAACAAGAAAGAAAGGAGCAGUCCACAAGCUCAAUGGUCUAGUGAUGAAUGACGAGAUCCGAGAAGAACUUUCUGCAGCAGCAUCUGUGACCUCCCAGGCCUAUACAAAUAUCAGAGCUGGAAAUACAGGUGAUGAUAACAACUUGGGGAUUAGUCCACUAGAAGAAGCCUCUGAUUUUGGAGGUCGAGGUAAUAAGGAAGCUGCUGCAGACAACCCAAAGCUCUCUGAGAAGAUUAGUAUAAUGGAACCAGUGUUGAGAUUUCUGCAGUUACUCUGUGAAAACCAUAAUCUUUAUCUACAGAACUACUUAAGGGACCAAAGGAACAAGACAAAUUACAAUCUUGUCAGUGAGACUUUGAUGUUCCUGGAUUGCAUCUGUGGAUCAACAACUGGUGGACUGGGACUUCUUGGACUAUACAUCAAUGAGCACAAUGUCUCCCUCAUAAACCAGACUCUGGAGACGCUCACAGAAUACUGCCAGGGGCCAUGUCAUGAGAAUCAGAAUUGCAUUGCAAUGCAUGAAUCCAAUGGCCUUCAUAUCAUCACAGCUCUUAUUUUGAGUGAUAUUAACCCCCUUGCCAAGACACGCAUGGAUCUGGUCUUGGAGCUGAAGAACAAUGCCUCAAAGCUGCUCUUGGCUAUCAUGGAGUCCAGGGCUGACUCUGAGAAUGCAGAACGCAUUCUUCAAAGCAUGAACAUUGAUCAACUGAAAAAUGCUCUCGCGUUUGUUUAUGGUCUCUAUCUUGAGGAACAAGAACAAAAGUGGAAAGAUAGAGUUGAUAAGGAUGAAAAGCUGGAUGUGGUGUGCAACCUGUAUCACCAGGAGAGCAUGGAUGAUGAUGAAUUCUUUGAUGAUGGAACCGCAGAAAAUGAAGAUGGAGUAUCUCCGAGGGAGGUGGGCCACAACAUAUACAUCCUUUGCCAUCAGUUGGCCAAACACAAUAAGGACCUGGAAGAUUUACUUUCUAAAACAGGGAAUGACAAGUACACCAAAGCACUGCGGCACUACAAAGAGAACACAGCACAGAUUGAGAUUGUUAGAAGUGACAGGACAAUGGAGCAAAUUGUUUUCCCAAUCCCAGAAAUUUGCAAAUACCUGACAAAUGAAACAAAGAUCAGGGUUUACAACACUGCUGAGCGUGAUGAGCAAGCUUCAAAAGUUCCUGACUUCUUUGAGAAAUGUGAAGAAAUGUUCAGGGAGAUGCAGUGGCAGAAAAAGCUGAAGAGUCAAGCGGUGUUAUCAACCAUAAGCAACUAUAUGUCUCUGUGGGGGAGGUUGCUGUUCAUUUUAGCUGUAGUCAUCAAUCUCAUCGUAGCAUUCUUCUAUCCGUAUACUAGUCAGUUGCCAAAUGUUAAUAGCCACGUGAACGGCCUGUUGUGGGUAGUUUUGCUGAUAGCACUUGCCAUUGUCGUAACUUUACCAAAAAAAGUAUUUAUGUACAUCCUAGGUUUCAUAUCAAUAGUGAGAGUCAUAUUCUCUUUUGGACCUGAACCGGCACUAUGGUUACUGGGGAGUGCAAACGUGUUGAUAAAAGGUGUUCACUUAGUGAGUAUAAUGGGGAAUAAAGGAACAUUUGCCAAGAGCUUCAAGCAGAAAGUAACAGAUGGAGAGCUGUCGUAUCACAUGGUUUACCUGAUCUUUUGUGUCCUGGGCCUGUCUGUGCACCCAUUCUGUUACUCAGUAUUGCUGUUUGAUGUAGUCUACAGAGAGGAGACACUGCUAAAUGUGAUGAGGUCUGUCACACGCAAUGGCUGGUCUAUCAUCUUGACUGCAGCACUUGCCCUCAUCUUAGUGUACUUAUUCUCCAUCAUUGGCUACACAUUCUUCAAUAAUGACUUUAUAGUGGAUGUUACAGAGAGUGUUGUGAACUGGGACACAAUAAAAAUGGACAUUGAUGAAAGAGUACAGGAGUAUGUGACAAAUCAGUUGAAGCCACUUACAGUUGAUGACACAUGCGAAAUUGGUGUAGAUUGCACUGAUGAUGAGGGAAAGAGUUUUGCAAAGGACGUAGCAACAGAAGUUAUUGCAUCGCUGGAAGACAAGUCAAAACUGUUGGUAGAAGUAGGCGACAUGAAGGAAAAUGCUUGCUCAUCCCUCCUCAUGUGCAUUGUCACAACACUGAAUCAUGGACUGCGAAGUGGAGGAGGCAUUGGUGACAUUCUCCGGCCACCUUCAACUGCUGAAAACUACUUUGUGCCAAGAGUCAUUUACGAUCUCCUGUUCUUCUUCAUUGUGAUCAUUAUUGUGUUGAACCUCAUCUUUGGUGUGAUUAUUGACACAUUUGCAGAUCUCAGGAGUGAGAAGCAGAAUUCUGAAGAGAUUUUGAAAAACUCAUGCUUCAUUUGUGGUCUGAAGCGUGCAAGUUUUGACAAUAAGGCAGUGAACUUUGAGGACCACAUAAAGCGAGAACACAACAUGUGGCAUUACCUAUACUUCUACGUACAGGUUAAUGUGAAAGAUCCUACGGAGUUCACUGGUCCAGAAAGUUAUGUUUAUACUCUGGUCAGGGAGAAAGACUUGAACUGGUUCCCACGAAUGCGUGCCAUGUCUCUCAGCAUUGGAGAAACAGAGGGAGAAGUGAAUGAUGUCCGCUGUCUCAGCCUGAAACUAGAUCUCCUAAAAUCAUUAGUUGACAACCUCAUCUCACAACUUACAGAACUGAAGGAUGCGAUGACAAAGCAGCAGAAGUAUCGUAGUCGAAGAGAAAUCCUGAGCACAACAAGCAACUACACCCAGCAGUAUGCAGCCCCUGCUGGGCCUAUGGAUCUCAUACAACAGUACCAGGCAACCUGACCAGAAUAUUACUAACGAAUGAAUUAAUGCAACAAGUAGACAGGCCAUUUGUGUUUAUGUAUAUAUGAUAAUAGAUUUCUUUCUUCUUUUUUUCAUGCUAAAUGUUCUAUGAAGUAUGAUACCUUUUUAAAAACUUUUCAGCAUCCUAUUUUUGUCAUAAUGACUGGUAAUUGUCAGUCAUUAGAAUAUUCAAUGGGAAAAGAAUAUAUAGGUGCUUUAAUUCUAAUUAUUCUAAAGGAUUAUCAAUGUGUUCACAACAUGGACAUUUAAAUGACUAUCUCUGCAUUUAUAAAUGUACAUAGCUGUUGGUGUAUAAUGUAUCCAUUUUCACCUGUAUUUUGUUAUAUAAGGGUUUGCAAAUAGAGUACUCCAUGCAUGUUGUAGGUUGAAAUUACCAGAGUGAAAGAAUGUGUUUUUAGGUCAAUAGUUAUAUCUAAAACUUCUAGUCUCCCCUUCAUUCCAGUGACAUGUUUUUCUUUAUGGAUUAAGUAUGAAAAAUGGAUAUUUGUGUAAAAUAUGAAAUCUGUGUAUAUGUAAUGUAGCUUUCCUUCAUUCAUACACUAAGAAAAAGCUACAGAUAAGUGCAACAGUUUAAGUAAUAGGCACCAAAUAAUUGCUUAAAAAUUUUGUUCUGUGUAGUGACGUGCCAGUAACUUUACUGGAAGGUUAUUUUGUAAUCAGAUUUUACAUCACAGAAAAUUAUUAAAAAAAAAAAAAAUGACACUUGUUUAUUGCCAAGGGUGCUGUGACAUGCUCAUUCCUGCAGAUCUUCAUGUUCAUCCUGCUCUGCACUGAGAAAUAAUGAAAAUGAAUGAAAUUUUCCUUCAUAUAAUUCUUAAGGUAUUAUUAAACUGUAUUCUUAUUGUGGCUCAAACCUUUAAGAUAUUUUUACUUGUAAUUGUAACAGUUAUGCAUGUAAGAUCUCACUGCACCACACCUACUACACUGAUGAAAGUAUUACCCUUCAUUUUUUUUUUUUUUUUUUUAUAUAAACAAGGCCUGAUUAUUCUCAUGUUGUGGCAUCAAAUUUAAACUGAUGUAAUUCAUUUGUUAGUAAUGUGCACAUUUGUCAGGUCAGCAAUAUAUGUAAAUAUUAUUUAUCUACUUGUAAGCUGUUGAUAGAUUUAAUAUGUAAUAAUUCCUCUUACAUAUAUGUCAGUUAUUUUAGUGUUCUCUCAAGAGAUAUGCCAUUGUUGUUAUAAUCAUCAAAUUUUACUGCUUUAUGUCUUGGCACAUAAAUUAACCCUAGCCCUCCCUCCCCCCAGUUAAAACACAAUAAUACUAGUAAUAUAGUAUCCACCUGAUAUGCUGUUUAAUUUUAGUAUACUGAAUUUUGAAUUAAAAAAAAAAAAAAAAAAAAAAAAAAAAA